CACGUGCCUGUGCGUGGAGUCCGCGUGUCGAGAAGAAGUCCAUUGACCGCCUGCGAUCGAUACGGUUAUUGCUUGACAUGAUGUCCCCAUUAGAGGUGAACUGGAUGCCUUUCGGCCAGAACCCUAGUAAUAGGGUACCCAGGACCCUCUACACGGGACUGAUUCAGUAUCGUGAGAUCGUAGAGGCGUACAUGCCGCAGCGCUGUCUUCGCCAGCUUGGAUAUGUCCAAGUUGUUCCUCCUCCACCAGCAUGGCCCAGUAAGGCCGUCCGAUCUGCGUCGUCGAAGGAGUACGUCGUCCAAUGGCCGGCAAGCAUGAUUGGCACGUGGGAGCAGUUUCCGAUGGUUGCCCGCAUAUGGAUUGAGCAGCUGCAGCGGCCGCCAACUGGGGUGGCUGCCAUGUGUGACCAGCACUACAUGGAGUGGUACAACCGGCACUCGCACCCGAGGUUGAUCAGAGACGUCCACCACGGCGACGACGCCGAUGAUGAUGAUGUGCCACCGCCCACUGCCGUGGAUGCGUGGAUGGGAAAGAUGACGCAGUUGGGACACAGACUUUUUGAGGAGAGGGACAACAUGACGACUGCAACAGGCAGAGCUGUUAUUGAUGAACUGGAACGGGCCCUUGAGCAGUGGCAGUGGGCGUCACAGAGAGAUUAUUGAUAUGUCGGCAGUGCAUUUAUAUAACAUUUUCCUAGUUGUUUGUAAAAGUUAACAUUAUCUAUUCUUAUAAUUAUUAUUUUAAGUUCUUAGAAUUUGACAUUAUAUUUUUAGUUUUUAUAAUUUUUAUUUUAAGUUGUAAUUAGUGGGCAUACGAAAAUUAAAUACAAGUUCACAUUUAAAUGGGAAAACUAAAUACGAAAAUUAGAAUCCGAAAAUUAAAUAAAUGGGAAAAACAUAGCAAUAACAAUAGAAGGUCACAUAGAAAAGGCAACUAGAUUGUUCCACUGCUGCACCCGGUCAUGAUAUAGCGCAUCCCAGCCCUCUACGCUUGCUGUACGAAUGGUGUACCACGUUGGUAUGAUCGGUGGG